UUCACUUCUCAAGCAUCAUGGCUGCUUCUCUCUUCCGCAGUAUCUUCUGUUGCUAUGUGUUAUUUUUCCCUCUAUUUCCUCCGCCUUCAUGUCGCUCCACAGCUGCUACGCCAACACCAAUUCCACCUUCCCUAGCUGAAAGUCUCCUGAAAGAGGCGCGGGAGCCAGAGUUUUUCAAUUGGCUGAAGAGGAUACGGAGGAGAAUCCACCAGCAUCCGGAGCUCGCCUUCAAGGAGUACAAGACGAGCGAACUGAUAAGAUUGGAACUGGAUGCCCUAGGGAUUGAGUACAGAUGGCCGAUCGCUGUGACAGGGGUUAUCGCAUCGAUCGGUUCAGGUGAGGCACCCCGGUUUGCUCUUAGGGCGGACAUGGAUGCUCUUGCUAUGCAGGAGCUCGUGAACUGGGAGUAUAAGAGUAAGGAAAGUGGGAAGAUGCAUGCUUGUGGUCAUGAUGCUCACGUGACUAUGCUUCUAGGGGCAGCUAAGUUGCUUCAACGCCAUAAGAAUGAUUUUAAGGGGACUGUGAGGCUUGUCUUCCAACCUGCAGAAGAGGGUAAAGCUGGUGCUUACCAUGUACUGCAAGAAGGGGUACUACAUGAUGUUGAAGCCAUUUUUAGCAUGCAUGUUGAUCCCACUAUACCAACUGGGACGGUUGCUUCUAGACCUGGUAUUAUUCUUGCUGCUUCUGCUCGCUUUCUGGCAACUAUUAAAGGAAAAGGUGGGCAUGCUGCUACCCCACAUAGAACAAUAGAUCCGGUUAUUGCUGCAUCUUUUGCAAUUCUCAGUCUUCAGCAGCUUGUAUCUCGGGAAUCAGAUCCUCUUGAGAGCAGGGUAGUUACGGUUGGGAUCGUGAAGGCUGGUGGUGCAUAUAAUGUUAUCCCAGAAUCUGCUACCUUUGGAGGAACCGUUAGGAGUGUAACGACCAAAGGACUGUAUAUUCUCCUUACACGUAUACGAGAGAUCAUACAAACUCAAGCCGCUGUGCACCGUUGUAUUGCCACGGUGGACUUCAUGGAGAAGACACUCAUGCCAUACCCUGCAACUGUCAAUGAUGAAGAAAUGUACAUGAAUGUGAAGAUGAUUGGUGAGGAAUUGGUGGGGGAAGACAAUGUCCAACUAAGUCCCUUAGUCAUGGGUGCAGAGGAUUUUAGCUUCUACUCACAAAGGAUGCCAAGCACAGUCUUCAAUAUUGGCACAAAGAAUGAAUCAAUUGGGGCUGUAUAUCUUCUGCACUCCCCUCAUUUUUUUCUAGAUGAGCAGGUGCUUCCAAUUGGAGCUGCUUUCCAUGCUGCAGUUGCAUUUUCUUAUUUGAAUAGUGUUGUUUCAGGGAAGGGUAAGACUCAACUUGAGUAGAUGCUUUUGGGUUGC